GCUGAUUUGAGUUUGGCCAGUACGUUGCCUUUGUGUUAGCUUUAUUUUAACAGAUAUUUCUCCAAUACAUAGUCAUCUACAUUUCUCUGUGUUGAGUUUAAAGUUUCAGCGCUUACAUUAGUUAUCUAUUUUGUCGAGUUCACGCUGGAUUGUUUGCGUAAUACUUUGUAUGUCGCAAAUAUCUUUUUAUCAGCGUAAACGUUGUAAGAAGCAAUGAACCCAAGACACUGCCCUGCACAACACCACUGGCUAGUGGUCGGGGUAUAAAUGCUGUAGAAUUAAUUCUAAUCCUUUUGGUAUCUGUUUGUGAGAAAAGAACUAAUCUAUUGCAAUAGAUGAUUAGUAAUUCCAACGGAUUAAAGUCUGUCGAUUAAGAGGUUAUGAAGUACCUUAUCAAAAGUUGUCUUGAUAUCGAAACAAACACUAGUUGUUUUUGGUCAUGUAUGCGCGUUAUCUUGUUAAAGAAGCCUAUCAAGCAUGUGGAUCGAAAUCUUGUCCUUAUGAAACCGUGUUCUGACGGGUGGACCAGGCUUUUUUGAGUUAGAAAUUGGUUUAUCGCACUAUCAUCGUUAGAAGUCAUUGAGCUGAUUUCCGUAAGUAUUGAUCGUGUAUCAAAAAAGGCAGGAAGUAAUGACAUAUAAAUUAACAUUAAGCACAUAGUCAGUCAGUAACAACAUAGAAUUUCGUACGUACGUACAUGAGUUUGAGUCGCCAUAACACAUUAGCACAAAGAUAUAAUUUUCGAUUUAAAUCCCAUAGUGUUAGAGGUAGUAAGAGGAUGAGCAGUAACCGAAAAGAUUAGGGUUAGUAGAUGUUAUUCACAUAGUAUAAACCAGUGAAAUAAAUUUGGGAAGCAAAAAAAGGGACAAGUAAGCACAUAGAUCUUUUACUGAACUAACUUGUAGUGAGUGAUGUUAUCUUAACUAAUUGGUUAUGAUUAUUGUUAUUAUUAUUAUUACUAACGUUUAGCUGUUAUCCUGUGUAUUCUAAACGGGUAUUUUCAUGAAUCUAAUUGAUACAAACCAUAUCCUCAACAACAACAACAACAAUCUAGAACUAUUUUCACAAUGUACUAGAAAAUUUUGUGGUCAAAUAUCUAAUACAAGUUUAUGUACAUCAUGUUCAUGGGGAUCAAAAGUAUUCUAUAAAUACAAUAAUCCAUAUAAUCAUAUAUGUGAAUUAUGUUUAACAUCAUUCACAUUAUAUAAUUGGUUAUAUAUUGGAUUUAUAAUGAUUUUACCUAUUAUAUUUUUAUUACAAAUUUUACCAAUAUUAUCAUUAACAAAAAUUGAUUUGAAACAUUUAGAACAAUCGACUACUACUACUACUAAUAGUAGUAUGAGUAGUAUUAAUACUACUACUACUACUGCUACUCAUCAAAUGAGUAUUACUCAAAAAUCAUGGUUAUUAUUUCUAUGUUGUAUUAUUAUUCAUUUAUUUACAAGUUUAAUCAUUAUAUUAUUAUAUCCUCCAUUAGGUAGUUUUACAUUAUAUCAUUGUCCUAUAGAUAAUAUUAAAGAAUUUUAUCCUAUUCUAUAUGCUGGAUCAGGAUGUAUAUCAGAAGUGAAUUAUCCAUUGACUUCAUUACCUAUUUUAUAUUAUAUCAUUAAUGUUAUCAUUAGUUUAUUGAUUUAUUCAUUAUUAAUUAUGAUUGUAUUUAAAGAUUAUCAUUGGUUUCAUUAUCUUUAUUGUAUAUUAUAUGCUUAUCCAAUAAUUUGUAUGAGUAUUAUUCUAUUUGGUGGGAUAUUAUAUUAUAUAUAUCCUUAUGUGAUAUUAUUCUAUAGUAUAUUUGAUUCAUUAUAUAGAUUUCCAUUAAUAUUUGAUUAUUGUAUAGAUAAUAUAGACGGUAUCCUACGUCCUCUAUGUAAUCCAUAUAAACUUAUUCAGACUAUUCUAUAUAAACCAGAACAAUAUCUACUUAUUAUAAUCAUGAAUUCAUUCUAUAUUGGAUAUGCUUUAUUAGCAUUAAAUAUAACCAUCUAUUAUUGGUAUAUAAGUUUAAUGAGUUUACCAAUUAUAUUUUAUAUGAUAACAUUACCAUUAACUCAUCCAUUUCAUUAUGAUGAUUGUCAACAAACAUUGAAUAGAAUGUGUCAUAUUUCAUUUUUGAAUAAUAAUAAUAAUAAUAAAGAAGAAGAAGAAGAAGAAACAAAGUGAAGCGGAUCAAUCAUAAGUAGAGACUGUCAUUUAUGGACGCGAUCUUUUGAAUGAUGCUAUAAAAUGAUGAUAUUGAAUAUGUUCACUUCAUGAAUUGAACCAAAAUGAACCAAUGUGUGUGAAGAAUUAGAAUUAUGAUUUGCAGUUGAUAGUUGUUAAGGGUGUUCAUCAUCAUCAACUAAUGUCAAAACUUUAUUUAGCGAAAUGGAUGGAGUGAAUUUUGUGCCAAAAUACGAGAUCUAUUAUCUUAGUUCGUUCAUAAAUUAUAGUCUCACCCAAGCCUUUUUAUGAUUAGAAAUACAAAUACAUGAAAUGUCGACUAAGAUAUAUAUGUAUAGCUUAGUCCAAAUGUGUACUUCUCUCAUCAUUUUACCAUUUAUUAUCCUGUAAUAGAUAGAUAUCCAAUUCAUAUUUAUAUAUAUAUGUGUGUGUUUGCCUAUAGUACACAAGGAUCAUUUUCAAAAUUAUUCAAUCUAUAUUAUACUUAUAACAUUUAAACUGGGUUAUGUUUAUUCUAUUUUAUUACUUGUUUGAAUAGUCUUAACAAUACAAGUUAGAAAAAAUG